GAAAAGUCAUUAUAUUCAUUUUUUUUUUGCUAUUGUGGUUUGGGUGCAUUAUACGGAAUGAUUUGAAAAUCUUGUAGAUUUCACAUUUUAAAAAAUUCCAAAAUUUUAUUUCGUAUUCGAUGUAAUAGAGUUUUUCGUGUCAAAGGCAAUCUAAAUAAAAGUUUCGCUCUUGUUCCAAUAUCUAUGAAAAUAUGUCAGCAGUUCCGUUGUUUGUUUGCAAUGCGAAUUUCGCAUGGCUUAUUUCGAUUUGUGUACAGUAUAGCAAAGAGACGAUACGUUCAACAUUCUGCUGUGAAACAUCGCCACGGAGAAUAUCGUGUUUGUGUUUCUGCUUGUGGCCGCAUAAGCUCGGUUGACCAAAGCGAUAUCUAAAGAACCGAUGGCGAGUUCGUGAUGUCUGUAUGUUAUACUUCAGUAUGACGUUUGACAGAACGGACAGUUUACUUGAUUGUAUUGUCAUUAGCCUUAGAUUAUCUAGGUGGUGUUUGCGCUCAAUAUCAGUUGUCAAGUUCAAAGUGAAUAGGAGAGUUGGGUCGCAUACAUCGUCAUCUUUCGGUUGUGUUCAGUCGGAGCUGCGAAAAUCGUAUUCAUAUUGCUGUAUUAGAAACAAUUUCAGCAACGUUUUCAAACCAAUCGGUGUUUAUCACACAGUUUGACAGAUAGCACAAAACAGCAUUGCAUUAUUGAUUGACAGUUUGGCGUGACCAGAAGCACAUCAACACAAUGGAGCAAACGAUCAAUUCAUUGAACGUGGAAGUUGGCGUAUUUUUACGCAAUAUAAAUGCGUAUACCAAUCGCAAAGAUGCUUGCAUCGGCAAUCAAACAGUCGCAUUACUUAUUGAUGCUAUUUCUUGUAUCGAUAAAUUGGUGAACACGGCAAAAAUUGCCGACGAAAUGAUGAACGAAACCAGCAUUGACUUUCUGGACAAUUUGGACGAACGAUACUUUGAAUUGCGUCGAAACAUUGUGUGCCGGAUGUGUAUUGAAACGAUGCCAAUGACAAAAGAUGAUUUUGAAGCACACGUGAAAAAGGUUUCCCAUACAUUCCAAGUACGGAACAUGCAAACACCAUCCACUCAAAAUCUUUUCGAGUCGCGCUCGUCAAAGCUAACCGAUUACAAAGGUCAGCUAGAAAGCAGCCGUUCGGUUACAACUUGUGAUGAAAGCAAUCAAGACAAAUACAGUUCCAACUUUUUUGGCGAUUUGGUAAUUGGCUCAACAACUGAACCGAACGUGAACAAAGCAAAACUGAAUUACGAAAGUGUUUCCGAAACGGUUGAUCGUGCACAACGUGAACAGAUUGAAGAACGAAUGCGCACAGAACGACUACGAGAUAAAAAUGAUGAACAACGCAAAAAGGAAGCAGAUUCAUUGGAACAUGUCAUCGAUGUAAAGUGGAAAGGGGUACGCGUGUUGGAAUCAUCCGACAGCGAAAGUUCGGACAGUUCGGCACAUGGUUUCAAUUAUGAUUCGCUCUACCUUGUGGAGGUUCGGGGUUUGCCACCGUCGACGUCACGACAAGAGGUCAAAGAUUUUUUCAGCGGUGCCAGAAUUUUGAACGGAAUCAAUGGGAUUCACUUCAUUCUGGACGAGAUGUAUCGAAAAUGUGGUCGAGCAUUGGUUCAGUUGGAAUGCAUCAAGGACUAUCAAUCGAUCCACAAAUAUAACAUGAACCGCUUGGGCGGUCGUUGUAUUGAAGUGACGACGGGCAACGUAAAAACGUUCAACGAUAUGAUUGCAAAGCGAAAAAUUCCAUCGAAGGAUCGCGUUAUAUUUGUUGAAGGUUUGCCACACAAAUUCAACGAGCAAAACAUUCGUUUCUUUUUCCAUGGUCUACAGAUUCAACGUAUUCAUGUGGUGCAAAGUGCUUCGAACUGCGCAUAUGUGAAAUUCUCCUCGAUGGACGAUGUAGAAGAUGCGAUCAAGCGAAGUGACAAAAAAUCAACCGUUCGCAUUUAUCGAAGUACCGAUCAACAAAUGCGCUCUUCUUAUCAAGGCGGGCCGAAACAUGAAUCGUUGCCAUCGUCCUCAGAUCUCGACACACAAAAGGAUGACGAUUCGAAAAGUCGCAGUGAUUCGAAAAGUUACAGUGGCGACAGUAAAUUUGUGCGUGUGCGUGGCAUUCCAUGGGAAGUUGACGAAGAUUUCGUCUACAAUUUGUUUCCAGGAUUGGAAAUUGACCGUCGUAAUGGGAUUCAACUGGAAUAUCAUUCAAAAGGUCGUAAUACGGGAACGGCUUUUGUUGAGAUCAAAAAUGCUGCCGAUUUCGAUAUGGCAAUGAAAGCUAAUUUGACAGAUACAAACCGGUACUUGAAAGUGACGAAAGCAACAAAGGCCGAAUUUCUCUUGACCAAAGAAGCCAAUAACUCGUAGAAAAGCUGAUUAUUUUCAUAUUUGACUUUGAAACUUAUCAACUGUUUUUGAAACCACUUCUGAACAACUACAUAAACAUAAGAGAAAAAAACUUAAAAUUGACAAACAAAUUUAAAAAAAUGAAGAAAGAAAUUGCAAUAAACAAAGAAAAAAUUUCCUGAAUAAGAAUAUUGUACCGUGAAAAUAAGCCGGCAAUAAAAUUUUUGAGCUGUUGCUCAUACAUACACUGCA